GACCUCAGGGACCCCGAGGGCCGCCUCACCUCCUGGACCAGCAACACCUCGGCGGGCGCCGUCUGCGACUUCUCCGGCAUCUCCUGCUGGAACCCGCAGGAGUCGCGCAUCCUCGCCGUCUCCCUCUCCGGCUUCGGCCUCCAGGGCAAAAUCCCCCCCGCGCUCCAGUACUGCCGCUCCGCCAACACGCUCGACCUCUCCUCCAACGCGCUCGAGGGCCAGAUACCCCCCGCGCUCUGCGACUGGAUCCCCUUCGUCGUCAACCUCGACCUCUCCGGCAACCGCCUCACCGGCCCGCUCCCCUCCGAGCUCGCCAACUGCCGCUUCCUCAAUUCGCUCAAGCUCAGCGACAACGCCUUCUCCGGCCAGAUCCCCGCCUCCCUCGCGCGCCUCGACCGCCUCAAGGCGCUCGACCUCUCCGGGAACCGCCUCGAGGGCCAGAUCCCGUCCCAGCUCGGCUCUGCCUUCUCCAAGGACUCCUUCUCCGGGAACUCGGGCCUCUGCGGCCACCCCGUGUCCUCGCGCUGCGGCAGCGGCCUUGGGGGCACCGGCCUCGGCAUC